AUGGAUGAGGAGGUGAAUCCGUUGGAGAGAGACCACACUCUGUCUGUGGUGCUGCCGGGGGGGCUGGAGAGGAACGCCACAGUGCAUGGAAGUAAACCCGUGAUGGACCUGCUGGUGACCCUUUGUGCGAGCUACCGCCUGAAUCCGUCAGACUACACCGUUGAGGUUCUCUCGCCCAACAAGAACAUUAUCAGCUUCAAACCGAACUCUCCGAUUGGCUUACUAGAAGCGGAGAAGAUUGUGCUGAAGCCUAAAGGGAUCGAGGAAAAGAUCAGGAGGCCGUACAUGCCUGAGGCGUCUGUACGUCUGUUGAUCAACUACAAUAAGUCCCAUAAGGCCGUGGUGCGAGUGAAUCCCAGAGUGCCCCUCGAGAUGCUGCUGCCGGUGGUGUGUGACAAGUGCGAGUUUAAAGCAGAAACAACCAUCUUAAUGAGAGACUCUCAGUCCAAAGAGCCACUGGACCUCACCAAGUCUUUAAAUGACCUCGGACUGAGGGAAGUGUUUGCCAAAGACACAGCUGACCGUCAACACCAGGCCAAGACACCUGACGCAGACCUGCCAAAGAAGGAGAAGAAACAGAAGGAAAACCUGGGUUUUCUCAGCUUAUUCAGAAGACGGAAGAAACACCCUGAAAUGGAAGGGGCUGUAAGUCCUCCAGAUUCUCCCGGCCUCAACAAACAAAUGGGAGGCCGUAUGAAUGGGCAGGAUGUUUCCUCUUCUAACAAACUGGCAGCAGACGUGCCCAAGAAGAGACGAGCCCCCCAGCCGCCCAUGGGCGCGUCACAGAGCGUCCCCAACAACCUCAGCACCUGUCAUUUAAGAGGACCACAGAGGUCUGCUGAAUCUACUUUAAGGAGUACCAAGCGGAGGGCCCCACCCCCACCCUGUGCAAACACCCACCAGGAGCUGCAGGAGGACACGGAGGUUAAAGUGGUGAUUGUUGAGGCAACCUCGUUGGAACAGCAGGAAGAUAUGAAAUAUGCUGCGACUGUAGACUCCCUGAUCACUGUGGAGAAGAGAGAAAGCGAAGAGUCAGACUCUGUAAAAUCACUAUCAUCAUCUUCAUCACCAUAUCCAUCACAUUCACGGUCAUCCAAAUCCUCCUCACGUCCAUCUUUCGCCCAUCUCCAUGAAGUGGCUGAUCCAUAUCUGCCUUCGUUUCGAAGAAAAGACUUAUCAGACGCCCGCUAUGCUCUUGCCAAAGUCAUGACUUCCUCCAUUUCCAAAGGAACGCUGGUGAGGCGUUUGAGGAAUUCUGCCACCUUCCCAAAAUUAUACAAUGGCUCCUCCUUUAUGUCCAUGACUCAGAGGUUUUCAGAUAACAGGGAUUUCUAUGCAGAACCUGAACCUGUUUUGACUUCCAACCUCCCCACUGAGCCUGAGUGGGAGGAUCCUGCACAGAGGAGGGGAAUGACCACGUUCAAAGUGGUUCCCUCAAAGAAACAGAAGUCCCAUGAUCCAGAGCUCACCCUGGAUGUUCCAGAUCAGAUAACAAUAGAGGAAAACCCUGAGAGUGAAGCUUCUUCUGAGGUUGGGAAAAACCAAACUGAGCCUGAGGAGGAUCCAUGUUCUCCUGCAAGAUCAGAGACCGAAACACCUUUGCAGAGUCCAGAGCCUUCGUCUCAAGAGACUGAAGAGCCAGCUUCUCUUCCACCUCCACUUGAUGAAGACGAUCAGGAUUGUCCAGGCUCACCUUUCUGUGAGGUUCGGGACACCGUUGAAAAGCAGGAGGAAGACCAUGAGCCUGAAGUCCCAUAUUUGCAGAGCCCAGAACCUUCUUCUCAGGAAAUUCAGGCUUCUGAAGAGCCAGCUUCUCUUCCACCUCCACUUGAUGUAGACGAUAAGGACUGUUCAGGCUCGCCUCUCUGUGAGGUUGGGGACAUUGGUGAAAAACAGGAGGAAGAGGAUGAGCCUGAAGUUGCAUAUUUGCAGAGUCCAGAACCUUCUUCUCAGGAAAUUCAGGCUUCUGAAGAGCCAGCUUCUCUUCCACCUACACCUGAUGUAGACGAUCAGGAUUUCCCAGGCUCGCCUCUGCCAGAGGCUGGGGGAGCUGUUGAAAAGCAGCAGGAGAAGGAGGAUGAACCUGAAGUCACAUCUGAGGUGGUACAAACCACACCGUCAGACUGCAGUGAUGGUCAAAUCAUCAUCUCAGAGGAUCAGAGUGAAUUUCUUCAAAGCCCCAGUCGACAGUUUGUCAGUACAGACAUCGACCACUGUGGUUCAUACACUGAUGAGAAGGACGUUAAGGAAGAAGAAGACAGUUUCCCUCCUCCUCCUCCACCUGUCUUCUUUAAUGAAGAAAUAGAAGUCAUGGAGGAAGGUAGGGAAGAUACUACAGCUUCCUCUCUUCCAUCCUCUCAGCCACUAAGUCCUUCCUCCAAUGGGCAGAAUAAUGCAUUCAGUGUGUUAACGUCAGUCACGCCUGACCAGGCUGCAGCUGCACCCAAACCUCUGGACAAGAUAAGUUCAGCCCCAUCCAGAUUUGCACAGGCAGUAGCGUUGGCCGUGCAGAGGUCCCGCCUCCAGAGUCGUGGCAAAAGUUUAGGCCCUCAGGCCCCCAGUGGUCCACAAAGUACACUCCCCUCACCACCCAGGACCAUAUACCAGUUCGGUGCCUGACCGGCUUCCUCAUACAUCUCUGAAUGGAAGUCCUUGUUUAGGGAGAGGAUUCAGAGCUCACCGAGGACACCAGACUCUGCCUGUGACCUCCGAAUAACUUAAACAGCUGAAUAAUUUCUACGUAGACGAACUGCAUCAGUUUUACAGCAAGAAGCAACUGACUUUGUUUCUGGAUCCUUUUUUUAUUUUUUGUGCAAAGACACUUUGUUGUCUCAUUUUAUGUUCACAGGUUGAACAUAAACAUUUUCUGUUGUCAAGUAAGCCAAAUGUACAGGAGGUGAGUUGUUGAACUGACAACGUCCUGUUUUUUUCUUUACUUCCUUUUUAAAUUUUCAUUGAAGAUGUGCCAAGGCGGAAAUGACGCUGAUGUUACUGGCUUUUUUUGUUUGUUUGUGUAAAACAAAACCAAUGAUGUAUUCACAAUAAUAGGCUUAUUCUAUGUUUGUGCUGGAAUUUAUUUUCUCCCUCAGGUUGUACAUUUGUAUGCUUUAAGACAUGAAGAACGCAGUAAAACUGAUGAACUCAGUUUGAGACUGGUUUGCUUUUUAGUCACCAGGUGGCAGAAGAGCAUCGUUUCUAAAAUGAAGAUCUGACAAGAUAUUCAUUCGUGAGGUCUUUUUCAUCAUAUGAGUUCUCGUGGAUGUAUCACACGUGACUUUUGAAUUGAAUUUAAAAAGAAAUGACAGUAAAUCUUGUUUUAUAAGUACUCAGGAGCCAUGAAUUAAUAUUCAAUUAUCCUU